GGAACAUAAACAAGCAACAGAAAACUAUAUAUCUGUAUUAAAUCAAGCCCCUACGCGUUUAGCCCAUGCACAUAUUGGGUGCCAAGUUUCUCCGCACAGUCCAGGAAUCUCUAAAACAGGGUUUAGAGGUCUUUCAGAAGUCCCCCUCUCUCUCUCUCCAUCUCUCUCUCUCUCUCCAUCUCAAAGCCCGGAUUGGUCACAGUGCGGCUCAUUUGCAUGCCUCUCCGUAUAAACCCUCCUGCAGACACUGCAGAACCUCUUUGCGCUGAGAAGAGCAGCACACCUCAGUAGAGAAAGAGAGAGAAAGAGAAAGAGAGAGAGGAGCGCAUCCAGAGUGCGCAUUGAAAGACUAUAUGGAAUAUUUAUUAUUACUGGCUUUAUUAUAUACAUGAGAAUAAACAAUACCCUGCGGAAAGAGAGGGGAAGGAAUUUUUUUUUUUUAGCAGUUUUUGUUUUAACUUCUAAUCAGACUCAGAUUAUUUUGUUUUAUUUAAAGUGCAGGUGGUAAAGAUGGGAGAAACAGGGUGGAACUUGGUGCUACUGUGCGUCUUUCUGGUGAGCCUGGCUGCUGGAAAGACGCUCAAAUAUCAGACAUUUGAGGAAGACGCACCUGGGACAGUGAUUGGAAACUUGGCCAAGGACAUCUCCUCUUCAUCUUCCUCCUCCUCGGGUGGCUCCAUCAGGACCAAUUUCAGGAUGAUGAAACAGUUCAACUCGUCUUUCAUCCGGCUGCGUGAGAGCGACGGCCAGCUGUCCAUCGGAGAGCGGAUGGACCGGGAGCGCGUCUGCAAACACACGCUGCACUGCCUCAUCGCCUUCGACGUGGUCAGCUUCUCCAAGGAGCAGUUCAAGCUCAUCCACGUCGAGGUGGAGGUCAAGGACAUCAACGACAACUCGCCGGAGUUCCCCCGCAGAGAGUCCGCUCUGGAGAUCUCCGAGAACACCGCGGUGGGUACGCGGAUCCCGCUGGACUUCGCCGUGGACGAAGACGUCGGUACGAACUACAUCCAGAGUUACCAGAUCUCCGUGAACAGCCACUUCUCCAUCGACGUGCUGAGCAGAGCCGACGGGGUUAAAUAUGCGGAGCUGGUUCUCAUGAAGGAGCUGGAUCGAGAGACUCAGGGGUCUUACGCGCUGGAGCUGGUUGCUAUGGACGGAGGCAACCCGUCAAGAACCGGAACCACGCGCGUUAACGUGAAAGUGAAAGACUACAACGACAACAGCCCGGUGUUCGACCGGAACAGCUUCUCCGUGGAUCUCCCCGAGGACGCACCGGUUGGGUUCCUCCUCUUGGAUCUGAACGCGGAGGAUCCGGAUGAAGGGCUGAACGGAGACGUGGUGUACGGGUUCGGUCACCAGGUGCCACCGGAGAUCACGCAACUCUUCAAAGUGGACCGGAAAACCGGGAGGCUCACUUUAGAGAACCCGGUUGACUUUGAGACUAAAAACACGUAUGAGUUCGACGUCCAGGCGAUGGAUCUGGGUCCGAACCCGAGUCCGGCUAUAUGCAAGAUCGUAGUCCAGGUGCAGGACGUGAACGACAACGCGCCGGAGAUCUCCAUCACGCCGAUGACGUCCAUCACGGCGGGCAUCGCGUACAUCACGGAGGCGGCGGCCAGAGAGAGCUUCGUGGCUCUGGUGAGCACCUCGGACCGGGACUCCGGUGCUAACGGACAGGUGCACUGCACGCUCUACGGACACGACCACUUCCGGUUGCAGCAGGCGUACGAGGACAGCUUCAUGAUCGUGAGCACGAGCCCGUUAGACCGGGAGAAGAUACCGGAGUAUAACCUCACGGUGGUGGCGGAGGACUUGGGGUCUCCUCCGUUCAGGACGAUCACUCAGUACACCAUCCGGCUCCAGGAUGAGAACGAUAACGCGCCGGUGUUCGGUAAGAUGAUCUACGAGGUGGGUGUGGUGGAGAACAACGCACCGGGCGCGUACAUCACCACGGUGGUGGCGCGCGACACGGAUACGGGGUCAAACGGGAAGGUCAGUUACAAACUAACGGACACGUACUUCAUGGGAGCUCCGAUCUCCACCUUCGUGUCCUUGGAUCCGGACAGCGGGUCUCUUUACGCGCUGCGCAGCUUCAACUACGAGGUGGUGAAGCAGUUGGAGCUGCGCGUCACGGCCAGCGACGGAGGCUCGCCGCCGUUAACCGGCAGCGCCAACGUCUACGUGAGGAUCGUGGACCAGAACGACAACGCGCCCAUCAUCACUCAGCCGUUGCUCCUCACCAACGGCUCCGCUGAAGUCCAACUGCCGCGUGACGCACCGACUGGGUACGUCAUAACCAGGAUAGAGGCGCGAGACGCGGAUGAAGGCGUUAACGCGGAGCUGUCGUACGCGUUAGCCACCGGAGAGCCCUCCGUGUUCUCAAUUAACAAAGCAACCGGUGAGAUCUACCUGAACCGGGUGCUUAGCAACGACGUGGACGAGACUCUGAGCGUGACGGUGACUGUUAGUGACAACGGGCGGCCCGCGCUCACCUCAACUGCCGCGCUCCACUUUCUCAUCGUCGCGGGCGCACCACCGAACGACCGGACGAUUUACCAGCACCAACCGUCCGGUGACGAGGAGCAGCACGCGCAGUGGUGGGACCUGUCCGUUGUGAUCAUCGUGGUGCUCGCGGGGAGUUGCACGCUCCUCCUGCUCGCUAUCAUCCUCAUAGCAACCACCUGCAACCGGCGCGGUAAGAACAAGGACAAGAGCGCAGCGGAGGAGGAGGAGGACGGAGACUCGUACGGGGAGAAAGACACUCUGGAGCGGGGAGCAGGCAGGAGGAGCCACCCGGUGGACAACCCGCUGCUGCCUCUCCACGGAGCCGCCGGAGGAGGAGGGUUUGACGGUCACUCCUACAGCAGCCAGCCCGGCGGAGGGUUCACCUCGACUCACCCCGGAGGAGGCGAAAUGUGCUCCGCCUCAGAGGACGGCAGCGAGGUGCCCUGUGUGUAUGACUCAGACAGCAACAGCAAGCCAAGAGGGAACAAACACGAGGGCUACUCCACUCUGCCCGGCUAUGGGAACGGCAAAGAGGCUGCAGUGAGGCCCAUCACCAUCUGGAAAGGGAACUCUUACACCACCAUCUCUGCCAGGGACCCGGCCUUCAGUGGCAAAGACAGUGGCAAGGGGGACAGUGACUUCAAUGACAGUGACAGUGAUGUCAGUGGAGACACUGGCCUGAAGAAAGAUGGAGUAGUGGUUCCUCCAAUGGGUGGCCAAAAUGCUCUGUGGGCAUGCACUAGCGAAUGUAAGGUCCUGGGUCACUCAGAUCGCUGCUGGAGCCCCUCAGCAGUGAGAGCCAACGCAGCACCCUCUCCGGCCCCCACCCUGUCCUCCUUCAGCACCCUCCCCAAGACGGCCUCCCUGCCCCGGGACCCCAACCGCCGGGACAACUACUACCAGGCCCACAUCCCCAAAACAACGGGCCUGCAGAGCGUGUACGAGAAGGUGCUGCACCGGGAGUACGACUACGUCCUGGUCACCCCACCCAGGCCCGUGAGGGUGCAGCAGGAGAUCAGCGACAUAACCCUCCCCGUUUACACCCCCACCCCGACACACUGUCCCAACGACGACGUCUAAAACAGCACAUACACACACCUGAAAGCUCACUCUCAAAGACAUGUAUAGUGUGUUGAAAGUUUUAAUUUAUGAUUCAUCGAGACUACUGUAAAAGAUUAUGUGGGGGAGUGUGCAUAUAUAGAAGUUUAAAUCCUAAUAUUUGUGUGUUUUUGUUUCCUUGUAAAAGCCACAUUUGAUGCAAUCACUUUUGAGACAAUUUUGGUUGGACAUGGGAGUGUAUCAUAUGCAAGUUUUGUACAUACAGAGACUUUAUUUUUUAUAAAAAGUAAUAAUCAAGCAAAUAUAUGUACAUAUGAAUUGUAAUUAUUGAUCUUUAAGCACGCUGACUAUUUAAAAAAUGUCCCCAGAAACUGUGCAGGCAGGUGGAGGGCCGGGUGACCCCCACAAUGUGUCAAGUUGAUAAUGAUUUGAAUGCAAUAAUAAGUAAUUGUACAGAUUUCUUUUUCUAUCAUCACAAUAUUCUGAGGGGGAAAAUAAACUUUGAAAUACUGUUCUGAA